CUUGUCGGGCUAAUUUCUAUCGGCGCUGGUGACGUAAGCAAGCGAUUGGUGCAUUGCAAGAAAAAAUCAUGGCGGAGUAGAAAUAUUACACUUUUAAAAAUUUAUAUCAACGCUAUUAUGAGUGCUAGAGACGUGCGGUAAACUGCAAAAUUUAUGUUACUUUAAUUUUAAAUCCGAAAUAGUUCUAAGACCCAUUAUCUGCAAUAUAUAGAUCCUCAAUACCUAAUACUGCUAAUGUAACGAAAUAUUUUCAUAAGACUAAUCAGAAUUGUUCUGUUCAGUUCGGUUCCAGUGUUCACUGUGAAAAGUUGAGUGUAAAUCAGCUCGAAAGAUAUAAACAAUACUUCUUUAUCGUAGUUACGUUUUAACUUAUAAAUCAGGAAGAUGAAAUUAUCACCAAAUCAACUGAGAGAAAAUCUCAGAAUACACUUGGCAGAAUUAGAAAGUUUGGAGUCAGUUUUUUGCAAUCCAGGAGAAUUGAAAAUUGAAGAUAUCUGCACUUUGGCUGACGUAAAAGAUUUCGUGGACGAUAAAACAACAAUUCCUCCACCUUAUCUCGAUUUAACUAUCAACCUCUAUAUCGACAACAUGAAGUUUGAACUAUGCGCGACUCUACCUCAUAAAUACCCUUAUAGCCAACCCGAAAUAUUCGUACGAAACGACAAACUCAACCGAGAACAACACGUUAAAAUAAACAAAGACCUGAAUGAGUUUGUGGCCGGUCAAGAAAAGGGCGAACCCUGUAUAUUUUCUGCGACUUGUUGGUUGAAAGAUCACGCUGACGAGUAUUUACAAAUUGAACAAGAACAACCUUCAAAGAAAGAGGAAAGGAACGAAAAAUUUGUUAGAUAUUGGAUUUACUCCCAUCACAUUUAUAGUAAGACUAAAAGAAGAGAAAUACUAGAACUUGCACAAGAAUUGAAAGUCACUGGUUUUUGUAUGCCAGGAAAACCAGGUUUGAUAUGUGUGGAGGGUUCCUACUCCGACGUGUCAGAAUGGUGGCAAACGAUAAAAUCAAUGAAUUGGAAGAAAAUUUUUUGUAAAAUUGUAGAAGACGAUAAAGAAGAAGCGGGUGGUAACUUUUUAAAAUUCAACAACUUUGAGGAAGUCGCAUUUCAAAGCAACGGAGUAAAAUGUAAUCAUAUGGAUAUGGGAGAACUAUAUAAGUUUAUGAAAGCUCACGAUUUAGGAUAUAUCUUCAAAGAAAUUUUUGUUGAAACUAAAUCUAGUGGGGAAUAGUUUACAUUUUUGUCCAAUGAUAUGUGCCUGUAAAAUAUUGUCUAAUAAAAAUUACUAAUGAUAUUGAAUAAAAA